AUGAAGAUUAACAGAAUUCCAGAAAGCUUUAUCGGAAUUAAAUUGAGGUUGGGCGGAGGCGGAAUGCAAAAGAUCUUCAAACAGACUUUCAAAGCCGAAGAAGGAGAGAAAUUGUUGAAGGCAUCUCGAUGUUAUUUAUUGACCACAGCUGGCCCGAUUGCAGGUUUACUUUUCGUAACAUCUGAAAAAAUUGCAUUCUCUAGUGAAAAAUCUCUGACCAUCUCUUCCACAAAUGGAGGAUUUAUUCGAACACCUUACAAAGUAGUGAUACCAAUAGAGAAGAAAAAAAGAGUUGAAGAAAGUCAAAAUGUCGAUAAACCGAAACAGAAGUACAUUGAGAUAGUCACAGUUGAUCAUUUCGAUUUCUGGUUUGUGGGUUUUGUCAACUACGACAAAGCUUUUAGGACUCUUCAAAAAUCUAUCAACAUAUCUCAACAACAGUAG